AUGACUGUGAGGGAGACCUUGGCCUUCUCGGCGCGCUGCCAAGGUGUUGGCACUAGAUAUGAAAUGCUGACUGAGUUGGCGAGAAGGGAGAAGGCAGCGAACAUCAAGCCAGAUCAUGAUAUUGAUGUCUAUAUGAAGGCCUCAGCUAUGGGUGGGCAAGAAUCCAGUAUUGUUACAGACUACAUACUGAAGAUAUUAGGCUUGGAAGUGUGUGCUGAUACGGUGGUAGGAAAUGAAAUGAUGAGGGGUAUUUCUGGUGGUCAACGAAAGCGUGUCACAACAGGUGAAAUGCUUGUUGGUCCGGCAAGAGCUCUGUUCAUGGAUGAGAUAUCCACUGGACUGGACAGCUCAACCACAUACCAAAUUGUGAAUUCACUUAGGCAGACUAUCCACAUCCUUGAUGGAACUGCAGUCAUUUCCUUGCUCCAGCCAGCGCCUGAAACAUACAACUUGUUCGAUGACAUUAUACUCCUAUCUGAUGGGCAAGUUGUAUACCAGGGCCCCCGUGAACAUGUGCUCGAGUUCUUUGAGUUCAUGGGCUUCAGAUGCCCUGCCAGAAAGGGUGUUGCUGACUUCUUGCAGGAAGUGACAUCAAGGAAAGACCAGGGGCAGUAUUGGUAUCGGCAGGACAGGCCAUACCGUUUUGUGCCUGUGAAGAAAUUUGCAGAUGCAUUCAGUACAUUCCACGUGGGCCGGUCCAUACAAAAUGAUCUUUCAGAGCCAUUUGAUAGGACCCGGAGCCACCCUGCUGCUCUAGCUACUUCAAAGUUUGGUGUCAGCAGGAAGGAGUUGCUCAAAGCCACUAUUGAUAGGGAGCUUCUACUCAUGAAGAGGAAUGCAUUUAUUUAUAUUUUCAAGUCUGUUAACCUUACUGUUAUGUCGUUUAUCGUGAUGACCACAUUUUUCCGUACCAAUAUGAAACGAGAAGAAUCUUAUGGAGGCAUCUACAUGGGAGCACUCUUCUUUGCCCUCGACACAAUCAUGUUCAAUGGUUUCGCAGAGCUUGCCAUGACUGUCAUGAAGCUUCCGGUUUUCUUCAAGCAGAGGGAUCUUCUCUUCUUCCCUGCCUGGGCCUACACCAUACCGUCAUGGAUUCUUCAGAUCCCUAUCACAUUUUUGGAAGUUGGGGUUUAUGUUUUCACCACAUACUAUGUCAUUGGAUUUGAUCCCAGUGUGAUCAGGUUCUUUAAGCAGUAUCUGCUGCUCCUUGCACUCAAUCAGAUGUCAUCUGCUCUUUUCCGCUUCAUUGCUGGAAUUGGAAGAGACAUGGUUGUGUCUCAUACCUUUGGCCCCUUAGCACUGUUGGCUUUUCAAACACUGGGUGGCUUUAUACUUGCAAGACCUGAUGUGAAGAAAUGGUGGAUUUGGGGUUACUGGAUCUCUCCUCUAUCAUAUGCACAGAAUGCCAUUUCAGCAAAUGAAUUUUUGGGGCACAGUUGGAGCAAAAUUCAAAAUGGAACAACCGUGGGAAUUGUUGUUCUUCAAAUCAUGCAAGCGUCUUUACUGAAGCUAAGUGCAUUCACUGAUUCCCAUGGAUCAAUGUCUGAAGAUGAAUUGAAAGAAAAACAUGCCAACCUAACUGGUGAAGUCAUAGAGGGCCAUAAGGAAAAGAAAUCGAGGAGGCAGGAGUUGGAGCUGUCCCACAGCGUUGGCCAAAACUCUGUGCAUAGCAGUGAGGAUUCUAGUCAGAACAGGAAAGGAAUGGCCCUCCCAUUUCCACCAUUGUCACUUACCUUUAAUGACAUAAGAUACUCGGUGGACAUGCCAGAGGCGAUGAAAGCACAAGGAGUGACAGAAGAUCGUUUGCUUCUUUUGAAGGGUGUUAGUGGUUCUUUUAGGCCAGGAGUCCUAACUGCAUUGAUGGGUGUUAGUGGUGCUGGAAAGACCACCCUUAUGGAUGUCUUAGCUGGCAGAAAGACUGGGGGCUAUAUUGAGGGAGAUAUUACCAUCUCAGGAUAUCCAAAGAAGCAAGAGACGUUUGCACGCAUAUCAGGAUACUGUGAGCAAAAUGAUAUUCAUUCUCCACAUGUAACAGUGUAUGAGUCGCUCCUAUUUUCUGCAUGGCUACGCCUUCCUUUAGAUGUCAACUUAGAAACAAGAAAGAUGUUCAUUGAGGAGGUCAUGGAUCUUGUAGAGCUCACAUCACUGAGGGGUGCACUUGUUGGGCUUCCUGGAGUGAGUGGCCUGUCAACUGAGCAACGCAAGAGGCUAACUAUUGCUGUGGAGCUUGUUGCCAACCCUUCGAUCAUUUUCAUGGAUGAGCCAACCUCCGGCCUUGAUGCUCGUGCAGCUGCAAUUGUGAUGAGGACUGUAAGGAACACUGUCAAUACUGGAAGGACUGUCGUUUGCACCAUUCACCAGCCAAGCAUUGACAUAUUUGAAGCAUUUGAUGAGCUUUUCUUAAUGAAGAGAGGUGGAGAAGAGAUAUAUGUUGGUCCAGUGGGCCAGAACUCGUCAAAAUUGAUUGAGUACUUUGAGGGAAUUGAAGGUAUUAGCAAGAUAAAGGAUGGAUAUAACCCAGCCACAUGGAUGCUGGAAGUGACCUCUAGUUCUCAAGAAGAGAACCUUGGGGUUGAUUUUAGUGAAAUCUACAGGCAAUCAGAAUUAUACCAAAGGAACAAGGCACUCAUAGAGGAGCUGAGCACACCACCUCCUGGCUCUAGUGAUCUGAAUUUCCCUACACAGUACUCCAGAUCGUUCUUUACUCAGUGCCUAGCUUGCUUCUGGAAGCAGAAAAAGUCAUAUUGGAGGAACCCAUCUUACACAGCAGUUAGGUUACUGUUCACCAUCGUCAUUGCGCUCAUGUUUGGAACCAUGUUCUGGGACCUUGGACAAAAAAUUAAAAAACAACAGGAUCUGUUCAAUGCCAUGGGAUCCAUGUACGCAGCAGUUAUAUACAUUGGAAUUCAGAACUCUGGUUCGGUUCAACCAGUGGUGGUGGUGGAGCGAACAGUCUUCUACCGAGAACGAGCAGCGGGCAUGUAUUCAGCUUUCCCGUAUGCAUUUGGACAGGUCGCGAUUGAAUUUCCUUAUAUCUUUGUCCAGACUUUGCUAUAUGGAGUGUUAGUCUAUUCAAUGAUUGGAUUUGAGUGGACUGUUGCCAAGUUCCUCUGGUACCUGUUCUUCAUGUACUUCACACUGCUUUACUUCACGUUCUAUGGCAUGAUGGCCGUCGGCUUGACUCCGAACGAAAGCAUAGCAGCCAUCGUCUCAUCGGCAUUCUACAACAUCUGGAACCUCUUCUCAGGGUAUCUAAUCCCCCGACCUAAACUGCCUAUCUGGUGGAGGUGGUACAGCUGGGUCUGCCCAGUCGCAUGGACCCUCUACGGAUUGGUUGCCUCCCAGUUCGGCGACAUCAUCCGUCCGCUCGAUGACUCAGUGACAGGCCAGACCGUGGCGCAGUUUAUCGAGGAUUACUUCGGCUUCCGUCACGACUUCCUGUGGGUUGUCGCAGUGUUUUGCCAUCAUGAAGUUCAACUUCCAGAAGAGAUGAGGACAGGAGGCCCAGGCCACUGUGGGAGCAGAAUUUUGACCAAGUACCUCUAUAGAUGUCUUGAGAAUGUCAGAUUGGUACCUCAUGCCUCCAUGGAGUUUACAGUUGUCAUUGAGCUCCCAUACGCACUGGUUCAGGAUAUUCUAUACAGUGUCAUAGUGUACUCCAUGAUCGGGUUCGAGUGGACGGCUGCCAAGUUCUUCUGGUACCUCUUCUUUGGGUACUUCACGCUGCUCUACUUCACAUUCUACGCCAUCGCCUCGAUCGUCUCCUCAGGAUUCUACGCCAUCUGGAACGGUGGAACCUCUUCUCCGGGUUCAUCAUCCUGCCCCCUCCCUGCAACUUUUGUCUACCGUUUCCAAAGCAGCAAAGCUCAUUCCCGUUCUUGCCUCCCGCUACUUUCAGAAAGUACCGAUCUGGUGGAGGUGGUACUGCUGGAUAUGCCCCGAGGCUGGACGCUGUAUGGGCUGGUGGUGUCACAGUUCGGUGACGUCAUGACUCCUAUGGACGACGGCAACAGGACCGUGGUGGUGUCACAGUUCGUCGAGGACUACUUCGGCUUCAAGCAUAGCUGGCUGGGGAGGGUGGCAGCCGUGGUGGUGGCAUUCGCGGUGCUCUUUGGGGCCCUGUUUGGCUUUGCCAUCAUGAAGCUCAACUUCCAGAAAAGAUAA